AUGCCUCUCCAACCCCAAGAUCAUCUCCCCCAGCUCAUCUCCCUCCUUUACCUCCAACCUCUCAAAGUCCCUCCCCAUAGCCCUCCCCAACCGUCCCACAACGCCCUCCACCUCCCCGGCGACACUCAACCCCUUCCCAGUCGCCCCCUCAAUACUCCCCGCCCUAACAUCCGCCAACCCACACGCCACAACCUCAUCAAACCACCCCUCCGGCUCCCUCGUAACAUUCAUCGCGAACCCGUGCGUCGUAAGCCUAUGUCUCACUUGCACGCCAAUACUCGCGAUCUUCGUCUUCGCGUCCAGAAACACGCCCGUAUGCUCGCUCUUCCCCGCCUCGAUCCCGUGCUCCUCUUUCAAGUGCAACUUCAAAGCGGUCUGCAGUUGACAGAUAUAAUCGCGUAUCCCAACGGGCGGAUUGCGUCGGCCGAGAUCGAGCAGGCCGUAGCCCACGAGCUGGCCCGGUCCGUGGAACGUCAACUGCCCGCCCCGCUGCGUGCGCUCAAAGUCCGCUCCAAUCCCCCUCAACCGCAGACUCUCGUCGGCGGUUUCGUCUUCGGUCUGUCGUCGUCCUGCGGUGUAUACGGGCCGGUGCUCGAGGAGGAGUAG